GUUGUUCAUGUGGGCGGGACAGGAACUGGAACGGGGGAUCUGCCUGCUCUUGGCUGCGGUGUGCGAUGGAUUGAUUUGCGCUUUUUACCUUUUUUAGUACUUCUUGCCACGGUGUAUUUGAUACAUGUUUUCAAUUUCUGCCAAGGCUUUUUUUUUCGUGCUAUUCCCUUUGACUCCACUGUAUCUGAGAGAGUUAGUCUAAUGGGGACUGUAUUUUGCGUCUACGAAGGACCUUUCUGCGAGCAGGAAUGCUCGAGGAACCCCGUAGAAAGAGUAGAGCAACAUAUCGGCAUAUUUCGAAGCUAG